AUGACUUGUUUUAACUUGUUACCAUUAGAGUUGUUCAAGUGUCGUUCAUUAAAAGUGUUACUCCUUCGUCAGAACCUAUUUGAUGGCGAGGUUAAUCAAGGAUUGAAUUCUUCGUUAUUUAUCCAACUCAUCAACCUCAAUUUCCUUGACCUUCAAUCGAAUAGUUUCAAAGGUGUAUGGAAUUUCGAGACUUUGUUAUCAAGCCUACCAAACCUUACAGGACUCGAUCUCUCCUAUAGUGGCUUAACUGUUCUCAGCGACAAUUCUACUGCCUAUGUCAACCCUAAUUUUUGGUUCUUAAAUUUGGCAUCUUGCAACCUAAAUGCGUUUCCAAAGUCCUUACGAGCUAUGAAAAAUCUUCAAUAUUUAUUAUUAUAUGGCAACAACAUACAGGGUCGCAUCCCCGAUUUGGCUGGAGAGAUAGGAGGAAAUCGGUUGAUUGCUGCGGAUCUCUCAAAUAACUCCAUAACAGGCUUGCCACAGUUUCAAUGGGAUGGAAUAACUCAACUAUCUUUCCAGUCCAACAUGAUUCAAGGACCAUUCCCUCCAUCGAUUUGCAACAUGAGCAAUCUACAAUAUCUCGAUCUAUCCAAUAAUAGUUUUAAUGGAGUGAUUCCACAAUGCAUUGGAAACAUCAGUUCUCUUGGGAUGCUACAUUUAGGGGCCAAUCUUUUUAAUGGCACCAUUCCAAAUGCAUGCACAGAUUAUGGACAGUUGACGUGGUUCAUUUUGAAUAAAAAUCAAUUUGAAGGAGAGGUUCCCACUUCUUUGUCCAAAUGUAGAAAUCUGCAAAUACUUGAUUUGGGAAACAACCAUUUGUAUGGCACAUUCCCUAGCUGGUUAUCAGAUCUUCCAGGGCUGCAGGACAUCUCCCAACGACUUGAAGUUACUGAUGGUGAUGGAGAUGAAGAUGAAGAUGAGAGUGGGUUUACAUGGAAAGUGGUGAUGUUGGGAUAUGGAUGUGGCGCCCUACCUGGAUUGGUGAUAGCAUAUGUCAUGUUGCCAACUGGUAAACCAAAGUGGUUAAAUGCAAUAUUCGAUGCAACAGAGCAUAUGAUUCAGACAAGAAAAAACAAAAGAAAAAGAAGAUACAUGUUUAUCGGGAAAUGA